AUGGUUCGAGAGGGACACAAAAUUGCUCAGUUGGAUUUGGAGGAGGUCCAAGUUGAAACCUCAUUUUGGAACUCAGCAGUGAUAUGUAUAGACAGAAUUUCUCGAUUGAAUGCUGGGUAUACUCUUGUGAAAUUCAGAGAUGAAGCAACUAGAGACUUGGUGUUGGAAGCUGGGGUGCUACACUUUGAUAGAAAACCAGUAAUAAUGAAGCCUUGGACUGCUGAUCUAGACACUUUAAAGAUAGUGAAAUCUGUACCAGUAUGGAUUAGAUUACCGGGACUGGGAUUGCAAUAUUGGGGAACCAAGUGUCUGAGCGCCCUUAUGAGUACAAUUGGGAUUCCAAUUCUAGUUGAUAAAGUGACUAAGGAUAGAUCUAUGAUGCAAUUUGCUAGAGUGUUGGUUGAGGUAGAAAUAACAGAGACGAUUCCAAAAUCCAUUCAGUUUCUCAAUGAAAAGGGGCAGCUAAUGGAGCAACUUUUAGAAUUUGAAUGGCUACCAACACAAUGUAAAGAGUGCAGGGUGUUUGGUCAUUCUGAGAUGAUGUGUAACAGGAAACAAAAGGAGACAUGGAGGCAGAAAAGCAGAAAUGAAGAGGAGGAGACCAAGCAAGAUCCUAAGGAGCAGCAACAAGUAACUAAGGGUAAAGAAAUAACUACUGGGGGUUCUGAUAUUGGUCAACAGAAGACAGAUGCUAGGGAAGUAAAUGAGUCUCAGGAGUUGUCAAAGCCUCCUAGUAACCUGGCAAAGUCAAUUCAAAAAGAUGAACUGGUUAUUAGGGACUCCAGUGACAGCGCUCCGACUGAAUGGAUUACACCUAAAAGGGUGGGGGGAAAUAAGAGGUUAGUUCCAAAAGCUCAGAACAAAUUGAAGAACUCUUAUAAUGCUUUGCAAGAGAAGAGGCAAUAUCUUUCAGUCGAGGUCCUGAAGGAGAGUGAUCAAUUAAUUCAUGUUUGUGCUAAGGAAGUGAGUUCCAAUAAGAAGUUUUGUAUCACUUUUGUGUAUGGUAGGAACACAAUUGAGGAGAGAAGGCAGUUGUGGGAUGAUCUUUCUGGUUUAUACUUUCCAACCACUCCUUGUCUUGUGGCUGGGGAUUUUAAUGCGGUUUUUGAAGUUAAUGAUAGAAUUGGAGGCCGUAAUAUUACUGCUAUGGAAUUGGCGGAUGCUCAAAAGUGGAGAGCCUUAGGGUUGGUUGUUGAGAUGCGCACAAGCGGUUCUCAUUUCACUUGGACAAACAAGCAAACAAAUGAGGACAGAAUUUACUCUAAGCUAGACAGAGUUUUUAUAAAUGAAGAUUGGUUGGAUUUAUUCCCUCAUGCUGUAGCUGUGGUUAACUGGGAAUUACUCUCAGAUCAUUGUUUCAGUAUUAUAAAGUCUGGAGUUGCUGUUAACUAUGGGUUAUAA